UAGUUUUUUCUAUGGGAUUUCAAGAUGGCGUCGAGCGGAGGAGAGGGGGAGCACGAAUGGACAGCGGCAGUACGACCGCUUUUAUCGGCUUCGUACACCGCUUUUGAAACAAAGGAGCUACCUCAGCUCAUUGGCUCUAUAAUUAACAGUGAAUCGGACAUCCUUCACCAUGACAAACAAUAUGAGCCUUUCUACUCCUCGUUUGUGGCUCUUUCUGCACAUUACAUCACCACAGUUUGUGGUCAGAUACCGGGAAAUCAGCUGCUGUCGGUGGCUGCAGCGUGCAAAGUACUGAUUGAAUUUUCAUUGCUGCGAUUGGAGAAUCCAGAUGAAGCAUGUGCUGUAUCACAGAAACAUCUGAUUCUUCUGAUAAAAGGACUUUGCACCGGCUGCAGCAGACUCGAUCGCACAGAGAUAAUUACAUUUACUGCUAUGAUGAAGUCUGCCAAGUUGCCUCAAACUAUCAAGACCCUCUCGGAUGUGGAAGAUCAGAAGGAGUUGCCCAGUGUUGUGAGCCCAGAGCUUCGACAAAAAGAAGUCCAAAUGAACUUCUUUAAUCAGUUGACUUCAGUUUUUAACCCAGACCUUACCUCCAUCUUGGGUUCACCAUCAGCAGCGCACAUGCAGGCUGAGAGCGACUCCGAUGACCAAACCACGGAUCAAGCUAUUCAGGCCAAGAUGAAGAAUGCGUUUGUCUCUCAGAAUGUGUCGAGCUUACAGGAACUGGGUGGGUCUGAAAAGUUACUACAAGUGUGUCUAAACCUGCCAUACUUUCUACGUUACAUCAACCGGUUCCAAGAUGCUGUUUCAGCCAACUCUUUCUUCAUCAUGCCAGCCACAGUGGCUGAUGCCACUGCUGUCCGCAAUGGAUUUCACUCGCUGGUUAUUGACGUCACCAUGGCUCUGGAUACACUGUCCCUUCCUGUACUGGAACCCCUAACACCAGGAAGACUCCUGGAUAUGACUGUGCUGGCCCUUAGCUGUCUUUAUGCUGGUGUGAGUGUGGCCACAUGCAUGGCGAUUCUACAGGUGGGCAGCGGAUUGCAGCUUCGAUCUGCCUCCACUGGAACUAAAGAAGAAGACUAUGAAAAUGACGCUGCCACCAUUGUUCAGAAAUGUCUGGAGAUCUAUGAAAUGAUCGGACAAGCAAUAAGCAACUCCCGCCGAGCUGGAGGAGAGCAUUAUCAGAACUUCCAGCUGCUUGGAGCCUGGUGCCUCUUAAACAGCUUGUACCUGAUUCUAAACCUGAGCCCAACUGCCUUGGCAGAUAAAGGGAAAGAGAAGGACCCCUUGGCUGCCCUGCGUGUCCGGGAUAUUGCUGCUCGCACCAAGGAUGGCGCAGGAUCGCCAAAACUUGGCCCUGGCAAAGGACACCAAGGGUUUGGGAUAUUGUCUGUUAUACUGGCCAAUCACGCCAUCAAACUUUUGACUUCACUCUUCCAGGAUUUGCAAGUAGAGGCGCUGCACCGGGGUUGGGCAAGUGAUGGACCACCAGCUGAGCUCAACAUCAUGGCACAAAGCACUUCAAUCCAGAGGGUCCAAAGACUCAUAGACUCCGUUCCUCUAACAAAUCUGCUAUUCACCCUCCUCUCCACGGCUUACAAAAAGGCUUGCGUUCUCCAGCGCCAAAGAAAGGGGUCAGUUAGCAGUGAUGCCAGUGCUUCAACAGAUUCAAACACCUACUAUGAAGAUGAUUUCAGCAGUACAGAGGAGGAUAGCAGCCAAGCAGAGAGAAGAGAGGAGAAGACAAGUGCAGCUUGUGUCUCAGAUGAUGACAGUGAACCUAUCUUGGGACUGUGGUUUGAAGAGGCUAUUUCACCAACCAAAGAUAAAGUGGCUCCACCACCCCCUCCGCCUCCUCCACCCCUGGAGACCUCACCCCGACUCAAGAGCCCCAGCAAACAAAAUCCAAGUGAAAAUGGCAACAUUUUAGCAGGUCGGAAGGAUCCUGAAAUGUUCCUCAGUUUGGCCUCCAGCAUCCUGAACUUCAUCACCACCUCAAUGCUGAAGUCCAGAAACAACUUCAUUCGCAACUACGUGAGCGUCUCGCUGACAGAGCAGAACAUGGCUACACUUGCCAGCAUCAUCAAAGACGUGGAUAAAGAUGUCAAAGGUUCCUCAGAUGAAGUGUUUUCUUUAGCUCUGUACCACUUCAACCACACCCUAGUAACCUCAGAUCUUCCAUCUCCGGUUUUGCAGAACACACUCCUGCAACAGUUGGGUGUUGCCCCCUUUUCAGAAGGUCCCUGGCCUCUGUACAUUCACCCUCAGUCCUUGUCGGUCCUCUCCAGACUUCUCCUCAUCUGGCAGCACAAAGCCAGUUUGCAGGGGGAACCAGAUGUGCCAGAGUGCAUGAAAGUCUGGGAAAGAUUUUUAGGAACCCUGAAACAACACACCAUCCUGGGCUCCAUCCAUUCAGAGGAUGACCUUAAUGUGGAACAUCUCCAGUUGCUCUUGCUCCUUUUCCACAAUCUGUCAGAACGUGGUCGACGAUCGGUCCUCGCCAUGCUCACUCAGACCAUUAUUGAAGUGGCACAGAGCAGAGAUUCCCAGCUGAAGUCUGUCCCCCUCCACCUGGCCCGUUUGCUACUUGUUUUUGACUACCUGCUACGUCACUACUCCAAGGCUCCCUUGUACCUCUUUGAGCAGGUGCAGUACAACCUCCUCACCCCACCAUCCAGUGGACCGGGUUCUGUUCAGGAAGGUGGGAAACGUGGUAGUCUCCCGCUGUACUACGGCUUUAAAGAGGUGGAGGAGAACUGGGCCAAACACUGUUCAGCAGAUUCAAAUGUUCAGCCCAAGUUCUACUGUGUGCUAUCACCUGAGGCAUCGGAGGAUGAUAUCAGCAGAUUGGAUGCCAAGGCAUUUCCAAAGUUGGUCGGUGGGGCAGUUAAAUAUGAUGAGCUGUAUGCGUGGCUUAUCUCACUGCUGGAAGCUGGCUCUCAGUUAGACACAGCCAGAAGACAGGAGAAUAAGCCCGUCACUCCUAUGGAGGCUUGCUCCCUUCAGUACUACUUCCUGGUACUCUGGAGAAUCCUGGGUGUGUUACCACCCUCUAAAGCUUUUAUGGAACAGCUGAAGACUGGUUGCAGUGACCCCAGUGAAAGUGACAUCUUGCAUACACUGCGAUGGUCCUCACGCCUGCGGGUGUCUACAUACGUGCACUGGAUGAAGGAGCACUUGGUGAAGCAGGGAAUGAAAGCAGACCAAGCAGCAUCUCUUGUUGAGACGACGGCAGCCAGGUGCAGCACUGUAAAAUAUGAUGUGGAACUUGGAGAGGAGUACAUUGCCAGACAGAUUUCCACCUUCUCAAGUGUUGACCCAAACGUCGUCCUUGCACUUCAUCAGUUGCCCUCCCUCCAAGCUAUUUAUACUCUGGAUGCAGUCAUCUCUAAAGUUCAGGUUUCCUUAGAUGAGCAUUUGUCCAAGGUUGCAAUUGAGGCCGACACCCACAAGUCCUCUGAUAUCACAAAAAACCUGCUGCCUGCUGCGCUACAGCUCACUGACAUUUAUACUGCCUUCACAAGGUCCUACCUGCUGCUGAACAUCCCAGAGGAAGGUGAAAACAAGCUGACUGGUGCAAAGCUCCAAGGUUAUGCUGGAGUUCUGUCCAUUGGCUCCACCCGCUGCAAGGCCAACCUGCUUGGUCCUAAUUUGAUGCAGAACUUGCCAUCAGCUGUACAAACAGUAUGUGAGACGUGGAACAGCGUCCACACAAAUGAGUUCCCCAACAUUGGCUCAUGGCGAAAUGCAUUCGCUAAUGACACCAUCCCAUCCGAGAGCUACAUCAGUGCCAUUCAAGCAGCACAUCUGGGCACUCUGAGUUGUCAGUCGUUGCCUCUGGCCUCUUCUCUUAAACACAUCCUUCUCUCCUUGGUCCGCCUCUCUGGUGACCUCAUUGUUACAGAAGAGUUGACUCCCACACAGGUUGUGAGCACGCUGCUGCCCCUGUUGCUAGAAAGCAGCACAGAGUGUGUAGCAGAAAUCAGCAGCACCUCGCUGGAGCGCAUUCUUGGCCCAGCAGAGUCUGAUGCCUUCCUAGCCCGCAUCUAUGAGCGAUUGGUCACAGGAUGCUACAAUAUCAUUGCCAAUCACUCAGACCCUCACAGUGGCUUGGAUGAGUCGGUUCUUGAGGAAUGCCUUCAGUACCUUGAGAAACAGCUUGAGAGCAGUCAGGUCCGAAAAGCAAUGGAGGAAUUCUUUUCAUUCAGCGGUGAGCUUGUCCAGAUUAUGAUGGCCACAGCCAAUGAAAACCUGUCUGCAAAGUUCUGUAACAGGGUGCUGAAAUUCUUCACCAAGCUUUUCCAGCUCACUGAGAAGAGUCCAAACCCAAGUCUCCUAUGUUUGUGCGGUUCUCUGGCACAGCUGGCCUGCGUGGAACCGUCUCGUCUGCAGUCCUGGCUCACACGUAUGACGGCGACACCACCGAAGGACACAGAGCAGCUGGAAGUUGUGCAAGAAAACCGACAGCUGCUGCAGCUGCUCACCACUCAUAUUGUGCGCGACAAUAGUCAGGUUGGCGAAGGGGUUUGCACCGUCCUCCUCAGCACACUUAUUCCCAUGGCAACAGAGAUGUUGACCAAUGGGGAUGGAACAGGCUUCCCUGAGCUCAUGGCCAUCAUGGCAACCCUGGCCAGUGCUGGACAGGGGGCUGGUCACCUGCAGCUUCACAGGGCAGCUAUUGACUGGCUGACAAGAUGCAAAAAAUAUUUGACACAGAAGAAUGUGGUGGAGAAAGUUAGCACAAACCUAUCUCAUGGAAAGCAUGCCGUUAUGCUAGACUGCUCGUGCCACAUAAUUUCCUAUUUGGCUGAUGUGAUGAAUGCCCUGCGGCAAAGCAGCGGCCAGGGUACCUCGGCGCUGCUGGUGGAGGGAGAAGAGAAAGCAAUGGAAGUGGACUCUGACUGGGUGGAGGAACUUGCAGUGGAGGAGGAUGAUUCCCAGGCAGAGGACUCUGAUGAAGACUCACUUUGCAACAAACUCUGCACCUUUACCAUCACUCAGAAGGAGUUCAUGAACCAGCACUGGUACCACUGUCAUACCUGUAAGAUGGUAGAUGGGGUAGGUGUGUGCACAGUGUGUGCCAAGGUCUGUCACAAAGACCAUGAGAUCUCCUAUGCCAAAUAUGGCUCUUUCUUCUGUGACUGCGGUGCCAAAGAAGAUGGCAGCUGCCAGGUGAGACCGAAUACCUCAGGUCAUCAUGGGAAGAGAACAACAGCGGCCUUGGUGAAACGCAGCCCCAGCAGUGGCGUUGGCUCAACUCUGAAAGAGUCAUCAGCUUUCCAGAGUGAGCUGCGGAUGCCUGAGAGUGCCAUUAGACACCAGAACGCCUCUCCAUCUGAAAAGGGCAAGGUCACAAUCUGUGAUGGGAAAUCCAGUGAUGAAGAAAGACCAAAGAAAAACAGUGUCUGCAAGAGCAUUGAGGGCUGCCAGGAAGAGCUGCUAGCACAAGUGAUGGGAUCAUCCACUGCUGCUGUGAUUCUUGAGAUGCUCAUGUUUCUCAUGGAAGCCAUCCAAACAAACUUCCAGCAAGCAUCUGCAGUGGGAAGCAGCAGCCGGGCCCAGAAAGCCCUAAAUGAACUGCACACUCAGGACAAGAAUGUUGAGAUGACAGACCAGUUAAUGGUGCCUACACUUGGUUCUCAGGAAGGGGCUUUUGAAAAUGUGAGGAUGAAUUACAGUGGCGACCAAGGCCAAACAAUACGUCAGCUCAUCAGUGCACACGUCCUGCGGCGUGUGGCCAUGUGUGUCCUCUCCUCGCCCCAUGGCCGUCGCCAGCAUCUCGCUGUUAGCCAUGAAAAGGGGAAGAUAACAGUCCUGCAGUUGUCCACACUUCUGAAGCAAGCUGACUCUAGCAAGAGGAAGCUAACACUGACCCGACUGGCCUCUGCCCCAGUUCCUUUCACCGUGCUCAGUCUCACAGGCAACCCCUGUAAUGAAGACUACCUGGCUGUGUGUGGUCUAAAGGACUGCCACGUUCUAACAUUCAGUAGCACAGGCUCUGUCUCCGACCAUCUGGUGUUACAUCCUCAGCUAGCUACAGGCAAUUUCAUCAUCAAAGCUAUUUGGCUGCCAGGUUCUCAGACUGAGCUUGCAAUCAUCACAGCUGACUUUGUCAAGAUCUAUGACUUGUCAGUGGAUGCCCUGAGCCCCAUGUACUACUUCCUGCUUCCUAGCUCCAAGAUCCGCGAUGCAACCUUCCUUUUCAACGAAGAGGGAAAAAACAUCAUUGUAAUCAUGUCCUCAGCAGGUUACAUGUACACUCAAAUCAUGGAUGAAUCCAGCAGUGCUCAGCAUGGUCCUUUCUAUGUCACAAAUGUGUUGGAAAUAACCCAUGAUGAUUUGAAAGACAGCAACGGGCAGGUGGCCGGGGGUGGCGUGUCUGUUUACUACUCCCAUGUCCUUCAAAUGCUUUUCUUCAGCUACAGCCAGGGAAAAUCGUUUGGUGCCACAGUGAGCCGCAGCACAAUUGAAGUGCAGAGGCUCUUUCCCAUCAACAUUAAAGGCUCCAAUGGCGGCAGCAGUAAGUUGUCUCCUGCUCUGUGCCAGUGGUCAGAGGUGAUGAACCAUCCAGGUCUGGUCUGCUGUGUGCAACAGACAACUGGAAUUCCACUUGUGAUCAUGGUUAAACCUGACACGUUCCUCAUCCAGGAGAUCAAAACUCUGCCGGCUAAAGCAAAGAUUCAGGAUAUGGUUGCUAUCAGACACACUGCGAGCAACGAACAGCAGCGCACAACAAUGAUUCUUCUCUGCGAGGAUGGAAGCCUACGAAUCUACAUGGCAAACGUGGACAACACAUCAUACUGGCUGCAACCUUCCCUACAGCCAACAUGUGGCAUCAGCAUCAUGAAGCCAGUGCGCAAGCGCAAAGCUGCUGCUGCAACCACUCGGACCUCCAGUCAAGUGACUUUCCCAGUGGACUUCUUUGAACACAAUCAGCAACUGACAGAGGUGGAGUUCGGGGGUAAUGACUUGCUGCAGGUCUAUAAUGGGCAGCAGAUAAAACACCGGCUCAACUCUACAGGGAUGUAUGUGGCCAACACAAAGCCUGGAGGAUUUACCGUGGAAGUUGUGAACAACAACAGUUCAAUGGUGAUGACGGGCAUGCGAGUCCAAGUGGGCACUCAGGCCAUUGAGAGGGCUCCUUCCUAUGUUGAGGUCUUCGGCCGGACCAUGCAGAUAAACCUGACGAGAGCCCGCUGGUUUGAUUUCCCCUUCACUAGAGAGGAGGCCCUGCAGGCCGACAAGAAGCUGUCCAUAUUCAUUGGAGCAUCUGUUGAUCCAGCUGGAGUCACCAUGCUCGAUUCAGUAAAGAUCUAUGGUAAAACCAAGGAGCAGUUUGGCUGGCCGGAGGAUCCACCAGAAGACUUCUCUGGAUCAGUUAAUAAUGUUUGCAGCCCCAGCCUCAACCAGGGCAGUAGCAACUCUGAUGGAGACAUAGCUACACCAACCACAACCAGUGGCACUGUGCUGGAGAGUUCUGAAACUGAGUCCUUAUCAACAUUGGACCGAUUGGUGGUCAGCUCCCUUGAAGCUUUAGAAAACUGUUUUGCAGUAGGUUCAUCCAAUGAAAAGGAGAAAAACAAGGUUGCAGCUCUGGAGCUGGCCACUUUACUCCUGUCCAUGCCGACUCCAGCCGGUGUCCAGCACCAGACCAAGGGACUUCUGGCUAGUCUGCACACGAGCCGUACUGCCUACCACAACCAUAAGGACCAGUCCUUGCUGAGUAACGCAGUGCAGUGUUUGAACAGCUGCAGCCGUGAAGGAAAAGAACUGGACCCAGAUGUUUUUCAGAGGCUUGUGAUCACUGCACGCUCUAUUGCAAUCAUGAGACCCAACAACUUGGUGCAUUUCACAGAGAACAAGUCAUUGCACCAUGACUCUGACAUGACAGAGGAUGGGCAGAAGCACGUGGAUGGUGAAAGCUGUAACUUUAUCGCUCAGCUCAUGAAUAACUUCUGGAAACUCCAUUCCCAGAAACCAAAGAAUGCAUUUCUUGCACCUGCUUGCCUCCCUGGCCUGACGCAUGUGGAGGCAACAGUUAAUGCCUUGAUUGACAUCAUACAUGCCUACUGCACGUGUGAGCUGGAUUACAUCAAUGUAGCUUCCAAAAUCUACAUGCAGAUGUUACUCUGCCCUGACACUGCUGUGAGCUUUGCCUGUAAGCAGGCUCUGAUCAGAGUACUGCGGCCAAGAAACAAGCGACGUCAUGUGACACUUCCAUCGCCUCCACGCUCUAACACACCUAUUGGAGACAAGGAUGAUGAUGACGACGACGACGCGGAUGACAAAAUGCAAACAUCUGUGAUGACUGGAGGAGAAGAAGGUCAACAGGAGAGCCAAGAGCAGAAUGAAGUUGAUCACGGAGACUUUGAGAUGGUGUCUGAGUCAAUGGUCUUGGAGACGGCAGAUAAUGUCAACAAUGGAAAUCCUUCUCCUCUGGAGGCUCUGCUGGCUGGAGCUGAGGGAUACCCUCCUAUGCUCGACAUCCCUCCUGAUGCUGAUGAUGAGACUAUGGUAGAGCUUGCCAUUGCACUCAGUCUUCAGCAGGAUCAGCAAGGCAGUAAUAGCAGUGCUCUCGGCCUUCAAAGCCUUGGCAUGUCUGGCCAGGCUCCAAGCUCAUCAUCACUAGACGCUGGAACCCUUUCAGACACCACAGCAUCAGCUAUUGCUAUGAUUUCAGCCCCGGCAUCAGAUGAUGAGGGCAGCACAGCUGCUACUGAUGGGUCUACGCUGCGGACCUCCCCAGCUGAGCAUGGAGGCAGUGUGGGCUCAGAGAGUGGGGGUUCUGCUAUCGACUCUGUAGCAGGGGAGCACAGUGUGUCCGGACGCAGCAGUGCAUACGGAGACACGACAGUGGAGGGCCACCCAGUAGGUCCGGGCAGUGUGAGUUCCAGCACUGGAGCGAUCAGUACCACAACAGCACAGCAUGAAGGCGAAGGCUCAGAAGGAGAAGGAGAGACUGAGGGAGACAUCCACACAAGCAGCAGGUUGCAUAUGGUCCGCCUGAUGUUACUGGAGCGUUUGCUACAGCAUCUUUCUCAGCUCCAUAAUGUCGGCGGGGUUCAAGCCAUCCCCUAUAUGCAAGUUAUCCUAAUGUUGACAUCGGACCUUGAUGGGGAGGAUGAAAAGGAUAAGGGUGCUUUAGAUGACCUGCUCGCUCUGCUGAUCGCUGAGCUUGGAAUACACAAGAAGGAUGUGUCCAAAAAGAAUGAUCGAAGUUCGAUCAAUGAAGUCCACCUGGUCAUCAUGAGGCUACUUAGCGUCUUCAUGUCAAGGACCAAGUCUGGGUCUAAAUCUUCUUCAGAGUCUUCCUCUCUGAUUUCCAAUGCAACAGCGACAGCCUUGCUCAGCCUGGGCGCCAUCGACUACUGUCUCCAUGUGCUUAAGUCGCUCCUGGAGUUCUGGAAAAACCAGCAGGGUGAAGAGGAACCUACAUCCACCAGCCAGCUCCUUCGCCCCCACACAGUCUCCUCACCCCCUGACAUGAGCCCCUUUUUCCUUCGUCAAUAUGUCAAGGGACAUGCUGCUGAUGUGUUUGAGGCCUAUUCCCAGUUACUGACUGAAAUGGUGCUCCGGCUGCCGUAUCAGAUAAAGAAGAUUGCUGACACAAACCCUCGGAUCCUACCCCCUGUUUUUGACCAUUCUUGGUUCUACUAUCUAUCAGAGUACCUGAUGAUCCAGCAGACACCAUUCGUCAGGAGACAAGUCAGAAAGUUGUUGCUGUUCAUCUGCGGCUCCAAGGAAAAAUACCGUCAGCUGCGAGACCUGCACACUCUUGAUUCGCACGUCCGCAGCAUCAAGAAGCUUCUGGAGGAGCAAGGCAUCUUCCUUCGAGCUGGCGUAGUCACUGCGACAUCUGGUUCAGCUCUACAGUAUGACACACUCAUCAGUCUGAUGGAGCAUCUGAAAGCAUGCGCUGAAAUUGCUACGCAAAGGACGAUCAACUGGCAGAAGUUUUGUAUGAAGGAUGAUUCUGUGUUGUACUUCCUGCUGCAGGUCAGCUUUCUGGUGGAUGAGGGCGUUUCUCCAGUUCUGCUACAGCUCCUCUCCUGUGCCCUGUGUGGCAGCAAGGUAGUGGCCAGUUCCUCAUCUGGCUCUUCAUCGUUUUCCGGAGGUGGCUCCGGUAGUGCUGGUCAGGGAGGUGCUUCUCAGUCCUCUCAAAGCAAAUCUUCCAGCAAGAAAAGCAAGAAGGAAGACAAAGAAAAGGACAAAGAGGGUGAUGGUGUCAGCAGCCAGGAAGAUCAGCUGUGUAUGGCUCUGGUCAGUCAGCUGAACAAGUUUGCAGACAAAGAGACUCUGAUCCAGUUCUUGCGCUGCUUCCUACUCGAAUCAAACUCAUCUGCUGUUCGCUGGCAAGCCCACUGCCUGGCAUUACAUAUCUACAGGAACUCCAGCAAAUCUCAGCAGGAGCUGCUGCUCGAAUUGACUUGGGCCAUCUGGCCAGAGCUUCCGGCAUAUGGUCGCAAAGCUGCUCAGUUUGUUGACCUACUGGGAUAUUUCUCACUCAAAACUCCUCAAACAGAGAAAAAGCUGAAAGAGUAUUCCCAGAAAGCUGUAGAAAUCUUGAGAGCACAGAACCACAUCUUGACAAAUCACCCCAACUCCAACAUUUACAACACCCUCUCUGGUUUGGUGGAGUUUGAUGGCUUUUAUCUGGAGAGUGACCCCUGCUUGGUGUGCAACAACCCAGAGGUUCCCUUCUCAAAUAUCAAACUAUCCUCUAUCAAAGUGGACACCCGCUACACCACCACGCAGCAGGUUGUGAAGCUUAUUGGCAGCCACACCAUCAGCAAAGUCACAGUAAAGAUUGGUGACCUGAAACGCACCAAAAUGGUCCGCACCAUCAACCUCUAUUACAACAACAGGACUGUCCAGGCUAUUGUCGAGUUGAAGAAUAAGCCGGCUCGUUGGCACAAAGCAAAGAAAGUUCAGCUGACCCCUGGACAAACUGAGGUGAAGAUUGACCUCCCCUUACCCAUUGUUGCAUCCAACCUGAUGAUAGAGUUUUCAGAUUUUUACGAGAACUACCAAGCCUCCACUGAGACCCUGCAGUGUCCACGCUGCAGUGCCUCUGUGCCUGCUAAUCCUGGGGUGUGCGGCAACUGUGGCGAAAAUGUGUACCAGUGCCACAAGUGCAGGUCCAUCAACUAUGAUGAAAAAGACCCUUUCCUGUGCAAUGCAUGUGGCUUCUGCAAAUAUGCCAGAUUUGACUUCAUGCUGUAUGCUAAACCAUGCUGUGCUGUGGAUCCCAUAGAGAAUGAAGAAGACAGGAAAAAGGCUGUGACUAACAUUAACACCCUGCUGGACAAAGCUGACAGAGUCUACCACCAGCUGAUGGGUCACAGGCCUCAGUUAGAAAGCCUUUUGUCCAAAGUCAACGAAGCAGCACCAGAGAAACCUCAGGAUGACACCGGGGCAGGUGCAGGACUUGGUGCGUCCUCUGCUAAUGUGAACAGAUACAUUCAGCAGCUGGCUCAAGAGUACAGCGGAGACUGCAAGACAUCAUUUGAUGAGCUCUCCAAGAUAAUACAGAAAGUGCUUGCAUCUCGAAAAGAGCUCUUGGAGUAUGACCUGCAGCAGAGAGAAGCUGCCACUAAGUCGUCCCGGAGCAGCAGCAGCCACCAGCCCACCUUCACCGCCAGUCAGUACCGUGCCCUGUCUGUGCUUGGCUGCGGCCACACCUCCUCAAACAAGUGCUACGGAUGUGCAUCAGCUGUCACGGGCCACUGCAUUACACUGCUCCGUGCACUGGCCACUAACCCGGCUCUCCGGCAGAUCCUCGUCCUCCAGGGUCUUAUCCGGGAGUUGUUUGAGUAUAACCUGCGGCGAGGUACAGCAGCCAUGAGGGAAGAAGUGCGUCAGCUGAUCUGUCUCCUUACCAGAGAUCAUCCAGAGGCCACUCAGCAGAUGAAUGACCUCAUCAUCGCCAAGGUGUCUGCUGCCCUCAAAGGUCACUGGGCCAACCCUGACUUGGUUAGUAAUUUGCAGUAUGAGAUGCUUCUGCUAACGGACUCAAUUUCCAAAGAGGGAGGAUGCUGGGAGCUUCGAUUGCGUUGUGCUCUUAGCCUGUUCCUGAUGUCAGUUAAUAUAAAGACCCCUGUAGUUGUGGAGAACAUCACUCUCAUGUGCCUGAGAAUCCUGCAGAAGCUGAUAAAGCCUCCUGCACCAACUAGCAAGAAGAACAAGGAUGCUGCUACAGAGUCUCUGACCACAGUCAGGCCCUACAGCAAUGAAAUCCAUGCUCAGGCUCAACUUUGGCUGAAGAAGGAUCCCAAAGCAUCUUAUGAUGCCUGGAAGAAGUGCCUCCCAGCAAGAUGCCAAGAAGCUGUGUCAAAGUCACAGGGGAAGGCUGAGUUAAGAAAGCAGUAUCUGCAGGAAAAGUAUGUAUGGAAGUGGAAGCAGUUCAUGAGAUCCAGGAAAGGUGAAAGCCUCUUCCCUCGUCUGCUCAAACUGAGCCAUAACAACUGGCUACGGCAGGUUCUGUUUACACCAGCCACCCAGGCUGCCAGACAGGCUGCUUGCACUAUUGUGGAAGCCCUUACCACAAUCCCCAGCCGCAAGCAACAAGUCUUGGACCUGCUCACCAGUUACCUGGAUGAGCUGAGUGUGGCUGGAGAGUGUGCAGCAGAGUAUCUGGGUCUGUACCAGAAGCUGAUCAAGCCAACACACUGGAAGGUUUACCUGGCCGCCCGCGGAGUUCUGCCCUACAUUGGAAACCUGAUCACCAAGGAAAUAGCUAAUCUCCUGGCUCUGGAGGAGGCUACUCUGAGCACAGACUUACAGCAAGGCUACGCUCUGAAGAGCUUAACUGGACUGCUUUCCUCUUUUGUGGAGGUGGAGUCCAUCAAGCGGCAUUUCAAAAGCAGGUUGGUUGGCACAGUGCUGAAUGGUUACCUGUGUCUGAGGAAGCUGGUGGUGCAGCGCACCAAGCUAAUUGAUGAAACUCAGGACAUGCUCCUGGAGAUGCUGGAGGACAUGACAACAGGCACAGAGUCUGAAACCAAAGCCUUCAUGGCAGUGUGCAUCGAGACAGCGAAGCGGUACAACCUGGAUGAUUACAGAACACCCGUGUUCAUUUUUGAAAGACUGUGCAGCAUAAUCUACCCUGAGGAGAAUGAGGUGACUGAGUUCUUUGUGACCCUGGAGAAGGAUCCUCAACAGGAGGACUUCCUGCAGGGCCGCAUGCCAGGGAACCCUUACAGCAGCAAUGAGCCUGGCAUCGGCCCUCUGAUGAGGGACAUCAAGAACAAGAUCUGUCAAGACUGCGACCUUGUGGCGCUUCUAGAAGACGACAGUGGCAUGGAGCUUCUGGUCAACAACAAAAUCAUCAGCCUAGAUCUUUCUGUGGCUGAGGUCUACAAGAAGGUGUGGUGCCCUACGAAUGAGGGUGAGCCAAUGAGAAUCAUCUAUCGAAUGAGAGGUCUACUCGGAGAUGCCACUGAGGAGUUCAUAGAGUCGCUGGACUCGACCACAGAUGAAGAGGAGGACGACGAAGAAGUGUACAAGAUGGCAGGAGUCAUGGCUCAAUGUGGAGGUCUGGAGUGUAUGCUCAACCGGCUGUCUGGAAUCAAAGAUUUUAAACAAGGAAGACAUCUGCUAACUGUUUUGCUGAAGUUGUUCAGUUACUGUGUGAAGGUAAAGAUCAAUCGGCAACAACUGGUCAAACCGGAGAUGAACACACUCAACGUCAUGCUGGGAACUCUAAACCUGGCUUUGGUUGCAGAGCAGGAGAGUAAGGACAGCGGCGGAGCCUCCAUAGCGGAACAGGUUUUGAGCAUUAUGGAGAUCAUUCUUGAUGAAGCCAAUGCAGAGAUUUCAGAAGACAAGGGUAACCUUCUGCUCACGGGAGACAAAGACCAGCUUGUCAUGUUGUUAGACCAGAUCAACACCCCCUUUGUACGCUCAAACCCCAGCGUGCUGCAGGGCCUGCUGCGCAUCAUCCCAUACCUUUCCUUUGGUGAACUAGAGAAGAUGAAGAUUUUGGUGGAACGCUUUAAACCGUGCUGCAGCUUUGACAAGUAUGACGAGGAGCACAGUGGCGAAGACAAAGUGUUUUUGGAUUGCUUCUGUAAAAUCGCAGCUGGAAUCAAGAACAACAGCAACGGCCAUCAACUGAAAGAUCUUAUUCUUCAGAAAGGAAUCACUCAGAGUGCACUGGACUACAUGAAGAAACAUAUCCCAAAUGCAAAAAAUCUGGAUGCAGAUGUGUGGAAGAAGUUCCUAUCUAGACCAGCUCUGCCCUUCAUCCUUCGACUGCUUCGUGGUCUGGCUAUGCAGCAUCCACCCACUCAGGUAUUGAUAGGAACAGAUUCAAUAACCAACUUGCACAAGCUGGAGCAGGUAUCCAGCGACGAAGGCAUUGGAACCCUGGCAGAGAACCUUCUGGAGGCUCUGAGGGAACACAGGGACGUCAACCUGAAGAUUGAAGCAGCCCGCAGGGAAACCAGAGCUGAGAAGAAGCGAAUGGCUAUGGCCAUGAGACAAAAGGCUUUGGGAACUCUUGGCAUGACGACCAAUGAGAAGGGCCAAGUCGUCACAAAGACCUCACUUUUGAAGCAAAUGGAGGAGCUGAUAGAAGAGCCAGGUUUGACCUGCUGUAUCUGCAGAGAGGGUUACAAGUUCCAGCCAACCAAGGUUUUGGGUAUUUACACUUUUACAAAGCGUGUGGCCUUGGAGGAAUUUGAAAACAAGCCUCGCAAGCAGCAAGGCUACAGCACUGUGUCACACUUUAACAUAGUCCACUAUGACUGCCACCUGGCUGCUGUCAGGCUGGCUCGUGGGAGAGAAGAGUGGGACAGUGCUGCUCUCCAGAAUGCCAACACCAAGUGCAAUGGACUGCUGCCUGUGUGGGGGCCCCAUGUGCCAGAAUCAGCCUUUGCAACAUGCUUAGCAAGGCACAACACAUAUCUUCAGGAGUGCACAGGUCAGCGGGAGCCAACAUACCAACUCAACAUCCAUGACACCAAACUGCUGUUUCUCCGCUUCGCCACUGAGCAAUCGUUCAGCGUGGACACAGGAGGCGGAGGCCGAGAGAGCAACAUCCACCUCAUUCCCUACAUCCUCCACACAGUGCUCUACGUUCUCAACACUACGAGGGCUACGUCCCGAGAAGAGAAGAAUCUGCAGAGUUUCCAGGAGCAGCCGUGUGAGAAAUGGGUGGAGAGCUCUUACGAGGUUGAAGGACCUCAUUAUUUUACCAUCCUGGCCAUGCACAUAAUGCCUCCUGAACGGUGGAGGAGCUCACGGGUUUACUUCCUUCGAAGACUACUGGUGGCUGCACAUGCACGCAAUGUUUCUCCAGUCUCCACGAACAAAGUAACAGAUAAAACACCAAAGGAAUAUGCAGUGUACCGCUCUCCUCUUCUCUUCUGGGGCUUGGUGGAUCUGGUCUACGACAUGUUCAGGAAAGUACCAACCAGCAACACAGAAGGGGGCUGGUCCUUCUCACUGGCAGAAUAUGUCCGUCACAACGACAUGCCCAUCUAUGAGGCCUCCGAGAGAGUGCUUAGGGCCUUCCAGGAUGAGCUCAUGCCCGCUGAGUCCGUGUCUGAGUUUUCCGAUGUUGUAGGUCUCCUCUCUGAAAUCCCAGACCCAGACCUCUUUCUGCAGGAUUUGAUGAACUCUUUGCCCUGAACCAACCACCAGCCAAGCCCCUCUAACACACAAAUAUCCCUACAAAUAUAAUCGAUACAGCUACCAAUUUAAAAAACCAGAAAACUAAAAGAAAUUUACACUGAGACACAAAGAAAACAUAGUCUCCACCAUGCUUCCUACCCAACUUCCACAUCCCUAUGACAUCUCAGAAUAAACUAAGCAAAACUUGUGUGUAGUCUACAAAAAAAUAAACACCUCCGUAACACCAAGGCAACGCUGUUUAAAGGGGAACGAAACGGUUAAACAGAAUUUACUCUCCGCCAGACUGAUUUAAACUGCUGAGGUCUUCAUUUAAAAGGUCGGCAGUAUUAUCACAUUCACGCUCAGAUGUUUAGCUUUUAUUUGGCAGAAAUAACUUGUGAAUUCUGUUUUUGACUUUGAAGCCCUUCCCCCAAAUUCAGGGGUGCAACGUUAGAGGAACCGAAAUACUUCUGGGGUAUGACCCAACCCAUAUUAGGAGUGGCAUUUGAUUUUAUAUUUUCCUUUUUGUUUGUUUGCUUUGAGUUGGUUUGUGGUCAGGGUUUUUUAAAUUGGCAGAGGGCUUUCAUAGUCUCAUGGUUGUGGUGCCUGUCCUUUUCCUCUGCUGUUUAUUCUACAAGUAUAUUUGGAUUCUAACUGGAAAUUUGAGGGAUGGGCGGGAAAAUAAAAAUGUCUUAGGUUUGUUUUACCAACAUCAAAACCGAAACAGGAUUUAAAAAUGGAACAAAUUUCGAUUUAAUAUCUCUCAUAGAUUACUGUCUUUUUGAAGUAAAUUUAUAAAAGCAUCCAUCUGUUGCCAUGAGAUAUCAGUCAUGUCUAAAAUGACAAUAAAACAUACCUGCAUUACAUGCUUAAUCACUUUCCUCUUUGACUUAUGGUGUUGUUUGGUUUGGUUUCCUUAAUUUCUGAGGCCACUUCCCAUUAUUUUGACAAUUACAGCAGAAAUUAAAGUGAAGUAAAUCUGAUUUUCACUCUCAGCAACACAUUCACUUGCAGAUGACAGAAAACUUUGUCAUUCUUCAGAUCUAAGUGCAUGGUGUAAACUUUCCCCAGUUCAUAAUUGAUUAGCUUUUCCCGCUGCUGCAAUGUUUAAACUGUUGCUGAAUGUCUGCUUUUUGACGUUAGCAUAUAAUUAAUAAAGCUGUUAUAAGUUCAGUCUGAA